GACCUUCGCAGGGUGCGGAAGGCCUCCGAUGCUGGCGUCGACGCUGGCGCGGACGCGCCCGAGGAGCCCCCGAAGAAGGAGGAGAGCCAGGAUGAGGCCCUCAUCUACGCCACCCUCCGGGAUCUUGACGACACCUCCGACAGCCUCGGCCAGCUGGAGGCUCAGCUCCAGCAAGGACUGUCCCCGGUGAAGGAGAGCGGCGGGGCCAGGCACGCCACCGCGGUCAUCUCCAGCCGCACGCUGGCCGUGGUGCAGCGGAAGAAGGGCCUGGUGUUCUCGGUGGAGGCCCGCAUCGAGAAGCUGGAGGCGCUGCAGCAGGAAUUCGAUGCGCUAGUACGUGCUCUGGUGGCCGGCGAGCUCAAGGAGGCGCCCACUGAGCUGAGGGGCAUCAAGCGCUUCGCGGAGAGGCACACCCACGGCCCAGGCGACCCGGCGGAUGCCAACAAGAGCGACUUCAAGGCGUUCGCGUCGAGCUUCCGGCUCCCGCACUGGCACUCGGCGCUCACCCGGCUCCGGUCCCUGACGGGGGAGGUCGGCGAGUGGUGGGCUGGCGCGUGUCUCGGCGAGGCCGAGCGGGGAGCCGCCCACCACGAGCUGGAGCGGCUCUUUGACGUGGCGAUUGGCACCGGGAUAGACAGGGACCACCCCAAGCUGGUGAGGGCGUCCAGGAUGCUCAGCGACCGCCUCGCGGACCGCGUGCUGCUGGAGGCGCAGGAGAUCCUCGCGAAGGACCAGGCUCUGGCCGCGCGGCAGAAGUGCCCGCCCGUGGGCCCCGCGAGCGCGGCCGCCACGGCCAUCGAGGACAGCAUGCUGAAGGCGAUCGCCGACGGCGUCCCCGAGAACGACAGGCGCCUCGCGGAGGUCAAGGACAUCGUCAGGAAGCUCCGGGAGGCCGACGGGAGCCGCAAGCGCCUGGCGCACAGAGAGACCAUGAUGCGCGCGAAGACGGCGGCCCAGGUGACAUCUGCGCUGGGGGCAGAGGCGGCCGUGAAGAAGCCCAGCGGCGCGCAGGCGCCCUGUGAGUGAGCCCCAGCGCCAGUGAGCGAGCCGAAAGCGACGGUCGGGCCUCGGCCCGUGUCGCGGAGUGGUGCCAUGGGCACGGCAGCCCCGGCCGCAGAGCCUUUCGACGCCUGCGCCGCAGAGGCCCGCCAUGGCGGUCACGGCGAUCACUUGGGACUCGCCCGCCGACUGGCCCCAGUCGGAGCACAUUUCGGCGGCGA